AGUUAGAGUUUUGUCUCGUAACGCGGGUUCAUGAUCUGACUCCAACGUGUACUUUAAAUUAAGGUUUAUUUUCCAUAUUACUGAAUACUGAAGAAUGCCAAUGAAGCUUGAUAUUAAAAGAAAACUUCUAUCAAGAUCUGAUCGAGUUAAGUCCGUGGAUUUACACUCAACAGAACCAUGGAUUUGUGCUGCACUGUAUAAUGGAAAUGUGCAUAUAUGGAAUAUCGAGGCUCAGCAGUUGAUAAAAACUAUAGAAGUGUGUACAAGCCCUGUUCGCGCUGCGAAAUUUGUGGCUCGAAAAAAUUGGAUCGUUACAGGCUCUGAUGACAUGCAGUUGCGAGUUUUCAAUUACAAUACUCUUGAAAGAAUUCAACAAAUAGAAGCACAUUCUGAUUAUAUACGAUCCAUUGUUGUGCAUCCUACUCAACCAUUUAUUCUUACAUGUUCAGAUGAUAUGCUUAUACGUUUAUGGGAUUGGGAAAAUAACUGGACAUGUGCUCAGGUGUUUGAGGGUCACAAUCAUUAUGUUAUGCAUCUAGCAUUCAAUCCAAAGGAUAAUAACACGUUUGCUAGUGCUUCUUUGGACCAUACAGUCAAAGUGUGGAGCCUGGGAUCAGGUACUCCAAACUUCACUUUAGAAGGUCAUGAGAGAGGAGUCAAUUGUGUAGAUUAUUCCACAUCCGGUGAUAAACCUUAUUUGGCUAGUGGAUCAGAUGAUAGAACUGUGAAAAUAUGGGAUUAUCAAACUAAAGCUUGUGUUCAAACUCUCGAAGGUCAUGCUCAAAAUAUCAGCUCUGUUUUAUUCCAUCCUGAAUUGCCAAUAAUUCUUACCGGGUCUGAAGAUGGCACUGUACGAUUUUGGCACGCUAACACUUAUCGUUUAGAGUCAACAUUAAAUUAUGGCUUAGAACGUGUCUGGACUAUGACAUGUCAACGCGGUAAACAAAUAGUUGGUAUUGGUUAUGAUGAAGGUACUGUUGCUAUAUCUUUGGGUCGAGAUGAACCUGCCAUGUCUAUGGAUGCAUCUGGAAAAUUGGUUUGUGCUAGACAUUCAGAGCUAGUUCAAGCUAAUUUACGAUCGUUGAAUUUCAGUGGGGAAGGAAGUGAAAUGAUUCAGGAUGGUGAACGUCUUCCAGUUACUUUCAAAGAUAUGGGUACAUGUGAAAUAUAUCCACAAAUUAUUGAACAUAAUGCCAAUGGACGUUAUGUAGUUGUUUACGGUGAUGGCGAAUACAUAGUUUACACUGCUAUGGCAUUAAGAAAUAAAACAUUUGGUCAAGGCUUAGAAUUUGUAUGGUGUCAAUCCGAUGCUGGAGUUUAUGCUGUUCGUGAGAGUAAUGCUGUUGUUAAGGUUUAUAAACAAAUGAAAGAAGUUCGUACAUUUAAAUUAGAUUAUGGUGCUGAACAAAUAUUUGGUGGAUAUUUAUUAGGUGUACGUUCAUUAACUGGUUUAACAUUUUAUGAUUGGUUAACUGGUCGAAUUAUUCGACGUAUUGAUAAUAAUCCAAAAGGUGUUUAUUGGAAUGAAUCCGGUCAAUUAGUAGCAUUAUGUACAAAUGAUACGUUUUUCAUAUUACGUUAUUCAGCUGAUGCUGUGCCAGAUUCUAAUUUAUCAACAAUUAAUAAUAAUCCUGAAGAUAUAGAUGGAUAUGAAAAAGCUUUUCAACUUGUACCAAAUGGUGAAGUUAAUAGUCAAGUACUUAAUGGUCGUUGGUUUGGUGAUGCAUUUAUAUUUACAACACAAGGGAAUCGUUUAUGUUAUUUUGUUGGUGGUGAAGUAGUUACACUAGCCUUAUUGGAUCGUCCAAUGUAUUUAUUGGGUUAUUUAGCGAAAGAAAAUCGUCUAAUUCUAGGUGAUAGAGAUUUACAGAUUGUUAGCUAUACUCUAUUACUAAGUGUAUUAGAAUAUGAAACAGCGGUAUUACGUGGAGAUUUUACAACAGCCGAUGCUAUUCUACCAAAUAUAUCAAAAGAUCAAUAUACAAAAAUUGCUCAAUUCUUAGAGAAACAAGGCUAUCGUACACAAGCUAUGCGUGUUACUACAGAUAUGGAUCAUAAAUUUGAAUUAGCUUUACAAUUAGGAGAUUUUGAAUUAUGCCAACAAAUAGCCAUGGAUGGUGAUGCUAAAACAAAUGAAGCUAAAUGGAAACAAUUAGCUGAAGCUGCUUGUAAAACUUGUAAAUUUAAAUAUGCUGAACAAUAUCUAUCACAUACAGAUGAUUAUGCUAGUCUAAUGUUAUUAGCAACAAGUUCAGGUAAUCGUAAACUGCUUGAAUGGAUUGGUAAAGAAGCUGCUACAAAAGGAAAUGAUAAUAUCGCUUUUCUAGCACGUUUUCUUGUCACUGAUUUAGAAGGUUGUCUUGAAGUAAGUUUAUUAUUAAUACUAUUAUUUUGCUUUGUAAACAUUUUUAUUUCAUUCAGCAGUCAGUCAACUGCAACGUAGGACCAGGCACAUAUAUGCAUCGGUCCAAGUUGCCAUAUCUCGUUAGCACAACAAUAUGAACACCGGAUUCAUAGAAGUAGUUAUUUCAAUGGUAGUAAUAUAUAAGAGAAAGAUUGUGCAUAAGAAUAUAGUACAUUUUAUUUAAUACAUUUGUGGUUUUCUGCUUUUUUGUGUGAGUAUGCUUGUGGGUAGGGGCGGUUUCUUGCACACUUUCAAAACCUUCCCACACCCUACCGUAGCUACUGCCCUAAUUUUGAUGAUCGAGCUUCUAUAUUGUGAUAAUCUAAUUAUAGUUUAUCGAUUUGAACUUAGUGGCUCAAUUGAUGCGACAUAGAACUUUAUAAAGUAUCAUCAUAACAAUCUUCAUCAACAGAGGUGUUUGGAACACCACCGCCACCAUCUAUUUCGAUAGACAAUGUUGUCUAGUGUUUUUAGUAAGUCGGAAUAAAGUUAGAUGCAGUUAAACCAGUCCAUAAAGACAUUGACUAUUGGACUAAACCGUGUAGGUAGAUGUAGACUACCUGAUUGGGUUCCGCAUGAUUAUCAUAACCAGUGGUUAGAGACUUUGAAUGACAUGGCUCAAAAUCGUUUGGAAUGGCGCAGGUGCAUCCAUUCCUUGUCUUUCCUUAGAUCUUUAUUUUCUAAAUUCCCCACAAACCUUGUAGUAUUUCACUAUUGUAUGCUUAUAUUUAUCUUAGAUGCCUAAUCUUUUCUGUCAUUUUUAAUAGUUCUAUUACUAUCUGUGCUUCUCCUGGAUUCGACCUGACUAAUCUCGCCGGGCCAUGGCAACUGGAACCAGUGUAUACAUAUGCUAAGUUCUACGUCGCCUUUGAUUGACUGAUAACAGACCCUGUUUUAGCUUGCUCGCAGUCGAUUAAAAGCUUAUGUUAAGAUAUGAAUCUGUUAUUAUAUAACACUAAGGGGUAUCAACAAUCUAAGUGUAUUCGAGCUUAAGUGAAUGUGUAGUUCAGAUUUUCUAUGAAGGCCACACUCCAUAUGAAUAAUCUGAAUGCAUAUUUUUAAAUUGUGCCUGUCCUGCAACCAUAUGAAUAAUUCUCGCUAUUCCAUAUGGUUGCGCUUUUAUUAUUCAGUUUUGUUAACGUCCUGUCCAGUUCACUUAAAAACCAAUAAAUUAAUUAAUUGUCAUCUGAUAAGAUAUUAAAGAGUAAUUGAUAAGUUGUAUAGCUUACCUGACUUAGAAACAAUAAUGUUACAGACUUACAUCUCCUACUUCAAUGGAACUACUCACUUACUUACGUCUGUUAUCCCUCGUGAAGGAGCAUAGGCCGCCCACCAGUAUUCUCCAUCGAACACUGUCCUGGGCAAUCUUUUCCAGUCACUACCUAUCCUUUUGAUUUUUGCUUCCGUUUCUCGACGCAAUAUAUGCCUUGGUCUUCUGCUUUUCAUUUUGCCUUCAGGAUUCCAAGUUAGUGCUUGGUUGGUUAUACAGUUUGGUGGUUUUUGUAAUGUAUAUCCUAUCCACUCACAACGUUUUUUCCUAAUUUCCUCCUCAGAUGGAACCUGGUUUGUUCUCUCAAACAGUAGGCUGUUGAUGAUGAUAUUCGACCAACAGAUAUUGAAUAUCCUGAGUAGACAAUUAUUUAUGAAUGCAUGUACCUUUAUGAUGAUAGCUGUAGUAGUUCUGAAAGUUUCAGCUACCUACAACAGAACUGUGUUGACGUUCAUAUUGAAGAUCGUGACUUUGAUAUUGGUUGAGAGUUGUUUUGAGUUCCAUAUGCUUUUCAACUGUAGGAAUGCCACCACUGCUUUGCCAAUCCUUGUCUUUACGUUUAUAUUGGAUUCUCCUUGUUCAUUGAUGAUGCUUUCCAGGUACCUGAAAGUUAUCACAUCUUCUAGAGUUUCCCCAUCAAGUGUGAAUGGGUUGGUGUUCUCUGUGUUGUAUUUGAGGAUCAUGUUUUUCCCUUGUGUACAUUGAGGCCUACUGAUACGGAGACUGCUAAUAAACUGGUUGUCUCUAUUUGCAUUUGUUGUUGUAUGUGGGAUCGAAGUGGUAAGUCAUCUGAGAAUUCCAAAUCAUCUAGUUGCUAUGCAACUAGUUGGACAGUUUCUCUCUAUCCCCCAUACAUUAGAAGUAUGAGCGAAAGUCCCAUUCAUAGCACAUUCCCCUUAAUGAAUGUGUAUGACACUAAUUAUUUCUUAACUGAUCCCAAUUAUUAUUAAACUAAUUUUAUGCUUUUUGCUCAUUAUCAUUGUUUUAUUUUUACUUAGUUAUUGACCAAUGCUAAACGAUUCCCUGAAGCGGCAUUUUUUGCUCGUACCUAUUUACCAAGUUAUAUGCCUGAAAUAGUUGAACAAUGGCGUAAUUGGUUAGAUAAAUCAAAUAAAGCCAGUGCAAAAAUUGCUAAUUCUUUAGCUAAUCCAAAAGAUUAUCCAAAUUUAUUUCCAGAUCUUGAGGAGGCUUUAUCUACAGAAAAAUGGUUAAAAGCUGAUAGAGAAGCACGUUUAAAUUUACCUGCUUCAGCUUAUCCAACUCAACAGUUACCAGGUGAUCGUGAUCUUCAUGUUGAAAUGCAAAAUAAACCUAUCCCCAUGCAACCAUCAUCAUUUGAUGAUAAAUUACCGUUUAAUGCUAACUUAAUUCCAACAACUACCAUUAGUCAUAACGACUAUGCACCAUCCAUUGAGGAACAACAACAAGAAACUAUUUCAUCACCUGUUGUUGUCGCUUCAACAAUACUACAAUCGAAAAGUAAUAAUCGAAAUGAUUCUGGAGAUAGUGAAUUAGACUCGGUCAAAUUGAUUGGCGAUGAGGAAGAAGACGAAGAGGAGGAGGAAGAAGAUGAAGAGGAGUUGGACGAAGAUAUUGAUGAUGAUGACGACGACAACAACGAGGAGGAGAAUAACAAUAACGAUCAAGUGAAUCUUGAUAAAGAACAUGUUGAAUCUUGGUACGAUGAUGAUGAUGAUGAUAGUGAUGGUGACUUCGUCGACGCGAAACCUCGUAGUGGUUUAAAUAACGAAGCGAAAACCACAUUACUUGGAAAAGGGGAAUAGUUUAAAUAUUUUCUGCUUUAAUAUUGUGAUCCCUGUUAUUUAUUACGAAUUGACUUAUUUCUUGACUUUUUGUUAGUCUAUUGUUUUUUUUGUGGUCUUUUGUAUGUUCGUUUGUAUACUGGCUUGUUUACUAUUUUUGGUUGUCAAUGAGGUGGUUAUGCAGUUUAACAACACAUAUAUACAUAAUAUACACGUGUAUGUAUCCUCUAUUUUGAUAUUAUAUCAAAAUAAAGUAUAGUCGGGCAAUAUAUUGAAUCGAUUGAAACUAGACAUGUACACCAUUAGAUGUCGACUUGUUGGUGUGGAGUUUAAACGUUCACCCUUGACAGACUAAAAAAAGAUCCUCGGUUCGAUUCCUUGUGGAGGAGUUGUGGGUCUGCUUUGGUGAGUAGUUCCAUACUAUGAUAAAACAGUUAUUCAGUGCUUCCGGGUAUUAAGUAAUGGUCUAGCUAAGAUUAGUUCGUGAUUUAAAACAACAGACGUAAGCAACAAACGAUCUGUUCCUAUUCAAAAAAGAAUAUUCAUAAUAAAAGUUCCAAGUAUAAAUACUCUUCAGUGUGUUAUUAGUUAGCACAUAGGUAAUUCGAUAUUAAUUAGAUUAGUUAAUUGCGUUGGCAACUUUGUGUGUUCGAAUAAGUAUUGUCAGUGGCGAGGAAAUAUUAUUACGAAAAAAAGGAGUCCUUCUUUGGUUUGGGAUUCUCCGGACUAGUGGGAGAUUCCUAUACUUACUAAAGGUGUGUAUAUGAUGUUUGUCAGCUUGCUGUAUGCUCUUUUGGAUGAUGUUAUGCAAUGGUAGAUUUCUGAUCAUAUACGAAUUUUUCUUAGCAUCGACUAUAUAUGGUGAGUCUGUUGAAUACUGAGUUCUCGGUACGGGAGAUAAGCUAGUUGCUGGACGAAAGUGGUUGCAUUAUUCAUGUUCAACUACUGAGCUCAGAGAACAAAACUCCAUCAGAAUGGUUAAUGGUGAAUAAUUCCACAAGUGAUCGGAUAAAAACAAGUCAUUGGGAAAUCUUCAACUUGUUCAAAGUAGCUUUUCAGUGUUUUGGUGUUCUACUCUCUGAACUAGAUCGUUUAAUUGCAGAUUAUUCAUUUUCUUUUUGGAAGGCAUCACCAGCACCUACUUAAGGUCGAAACAUCGGUUUGAACUUGCUUUUAUACACUGAAUCAUUUAAGCGUGUUUCAUCAAAGAUGUGUUGACCUAUUACAAGAACGUUUAUUAGUGGCUACCCAAUGUGUACCUCAUCGACUAAUGAUUCGUGCUGUCUUGAGAUGCUCAACUCACCAAUCAGAAUUCCAAUUUUCCCAACGCUUGUCUGCCAUUUCAUCCAUAAUCUAGCGUUCUUGGCCUUGAUACGUUCUGAACGACACAACUAACCCUUAGCUAAUGUUAGCGUAUUGUCCACUCCGCACUCGUUUUUAUAUUCCCAGCCCUGAGUUCGGAAGUGAAGUCACCCUCCAAACUUUUAUUAUUGGCACAUGUGGGUUUAUGUAUAAAUAUUCUAGACCGCACACACCACAUCAUAAAAUAGAUGAUAGUUAUAGACAAACAGGUCAAAAGUUACUAAACCAGGCAAACCGUUAAUCAUUAAUUAGCUAUGAAGUAGAAACAAUAUGUAUAGUAAUUAUUUGUACGUCGGAUAAGCUUACAAUGAACGGAAUAUAGAAACUCAGUGAUCCAGUUAUCUAGUAAUUGCGCAAUAGGAGUAUAUAUAAUAAUAAUCCAUAAAAUAGUUUCACUAGCUCUUCAACCAUCGUCCUGAUACGUUUUGCAAAGGAAUACUGUAAUUUGGGAAUAGGCUAAUCAGUACCGAGUUCUGGCAGACGACUCGCUCUCAUUUUGAGUUGUUACAGUCCACUUUCCCUCUCGAAAGGCUUUCACAUGGCCACUCGUGUACAGCCACUGACAGGGAAGUCCUACUCACUGCCUU